UGGUGGGGUGGUGUAAGAGAGACGAAUCGCGGUUUGGGAGCUCGGCAACUGCUAUAAAAGCGAAAAAGUUCGCCACUAAGUCAGAUAAGGCAAUAUAAUCUCUCACAGGAAAGAGCCAACUUUACCAGGAUGACUUUCAAACUCGUGGUAUUCGCCGCUUUGGCAGUGGCCACUCAUGCCGGUUACAUAAACAAUGGUCACCCCGUGGGUCCGACGAUUGGGGCCUCAUACGUUUCAAAUCCAGGACUUCUGAGGGCCGGUUCUUCGUACUCGUCUCCGUACGGCUACGGGACUUCCGGUUAUCAAUUGGCACCAGGUCGUUCCUACUCUUCCGGAGUUUCGGCAGGACACGUGGUCGUCAGACCCGCAGGUUAUGGCUCUCCCUACGGCUAUGGAGGAAGGAACACACCGGGGGCCGUUUCCUACCCUUCGGUUUCCGGUUUCACCCCGAGGAGCCUGUCGUACCCAACGCCGACCUUCGCUUCCCCGGUACUGAGGAAUGGAUACUCUGGAUUCUCGGGAUUCAACGGCGGCUAUGGUGCCGGGUAUCAAGCACCACUGAACUACCAACAUCAGCCUCUGGCCUACCAGACAUCGCCAAUUGGCCAUCAUCCAGCCCAAGGGUCUUUCAGCGAACUGGGAACCGGAUACGGAUACUGAGAACGACGAGCCCUCGGGCGAUAGACGGAACACCCACCCAGCGAUUUCAUGGUCUAUAGCAUGGCUUAGAAUAUUAUUAAAGCAGUUCCUAGAUUAUACGUAUGCCAUGUGCACGCGUGCAGUGUGUCGACGUAUCCGUAAACAUGUAAACAAAAGUUUUGUACCUCAAGUAAACGAACCGUUUG